AGGGCCAAUGGAAAAAGUAAAGCCAGAUUCGGAAUACAGACGGGGUACACCGUACACUACACCACAAAACGGAACCCUAUAAAUAGCGCUCGGUAUUCUUUUUCUUAUUCUUAUUUCAUCCGAAGUUAGCGUAAAAGGGACGAGCUUCGACUUCUUUGUUUCUGUAGCAAAGCAAGCAAAAGGAUCGAUUUAUCAAUCAUGCAGAUCUUUGUGAAAACCCUAACCGGAAAAACCAUAACUCUCGAAGUUGAGAGCAGCGAUACCAUUGACAAUGUCAAGGCUAAAAUUCAGGAUAAAGAAGGCAUACCUCCUGAUCAGCAGAGACUGAUUUUUGCUGGGAAACAGUUGGAAGAUGGGCGGACCCUGGCUGAUUACAACAUUCAGAAAGAAUCAACUCUUCACCUUGUUUUGAGGCUCAGGGGAGGAACUAUGAUCAAGGUGAAGACUCUCACUGGAAAGGAAAUUGAGAUCGACAUUGAACCCAACGAUACCAUUGAUCGGAUUAAGGAACGUGUUGAGGAGAAAGAAGGAAUACCUCCUGUGCAGCAAAGGCUUAUUUAUGCUGGAAAACAGUUGGCAGAUGACAAGACGGCUAAAGAUUACAACAUCGAAGGUGGUUCAGUUCUUCACCUUGUUCUUGCACUAAGGGGUGGCAGACUCUAGGUAGCAAUUAACUUGGUGGAAACAUAUAUGUCCUGUCUUUAUUCCAUGAAUUUGGGAUAUCUUUUGCUGAUUUACUAUUGGAAUAAACCUGAAAACUUGUGGUUGAAUAUGUUGUGAUUGACUUGCCCUUAUUUGUGU